UCCUUGAAACUGCGCAUGCUCCUGGUGGUUUCGGACUGUACUGUUUAUGUUAUUGUUCGAAGUUCGAACGAGAACAAACCUACUGAAAACUGAUUGUUGUUGACAAAAAAAGCGUGGUUUCGCUUUGUGUUUUGGGUUCAUCAAUUUUUGAAAAUCAUAAUAUCAAAAUAAACCCUAAUAUACUCAAACAUGUUCUUGAUGUAUUAUUUGAAUGAGUUGGGUCAAAGAAUUUACACCUUGAAGAAGGAAACACCAAGUGGUAAACCCACACUCUCAGCUCAUCCUGCUCGUUUCUCUCCAGAGGAUCAGUAUUCAGAGGAAAGGAUAAUUUUGAAAUCCAGGCAUAAGUUACUGAAGACCCAGCAACCAGAACCAGCUUAUUGAUCUAAUGAUUACAUAUUUCCAAUAUCAAUUACUUUUUUUGUUAAGUUUGCCAAUACAGUUCUGCAAUCCUUAGUUUUGAAUUGUUGCCCAAUAGGAAGGAAUCAAAUGAAAAUAAUUUCUAGCUCACUGUAGUUAUCCUAUUCCAGUAAGCAUGGGUGGAAGUUUAUAUUUUCUUAUCUUUGAUUUUCAAAUACAAUAAAUAAAUAGCAAAAAGUUCCUUUUUUCACACAGUGUCAUGACAAAAUAAGUUGAAUUUGAAAUAAUC